AUGGGUAAUACUCUGAAAGAGAUGGGUGAUGCAGCGAAUGCUAUGCAGUGCUACACGCGCGCCAUACAAAUCAAUCCUGCUUUCGCUGAUGCUCAUUCAAACCUUGCUAGUAUACAUAAAGACUCCGGUAACAUCCCUGACGCGAUACAAAGUUACUCUACUGCAUUGAAGUUAAAGCCGGACUUUCCUGAUGCUUUCUGUAAUCUUGCACACUGCCUGCAAAUCAUAUGUGACUGGACAGAUUAUGAUAAUCGAAUGAAGCGAUUGGUGGCCAUAGUAGACGAACAGCUGAGCAAGAAGCGUCUUCCUUCUGUACAUCCUCACCACUCGAUGCUUUACCCUUUGACUCAUCAAACUCGAAUCGCUAUUGCUGCAAAGCAUGCUCAACUGUGCACAGAAAAGGUGUUUUGUUAUGCUUUGUCUGCUAAUGAUGGUACUAACUUCCGCCAAAAGCUGGUAAACGAAGCGGAGCAUUUUGUUGAUUUGUCACAGAUAUCGUGCAAUGGGAAGGCUGCUGAUCGAAUAAACCAAGAUGGGAUCCACAUUUUGAUCAACAUGAAUGGCUAUACAAAAGGGGCUCGGAAUGAGAUAUUUGCUUUGAGACCGGCUCCGAUUCAGGUCAUGUGGUUAGGAUACCCUGGGACAUCUGGGGCACCAUUCAUGGACUACAUUAUCACCGACGCUGUAACAUCACCGCUUCGACUUGCACAUGCCUAUACGGAAAAGCUGGCCUACAUGCCGCACACUUUCUUUAUUGGAGAUCACGCUCAAAUGCUGAAGCAUUUAACAGAGCGCGUUAUUCUCAAGGACAAGUUGGCUCCUGCUGAAAGAGAUAAUGUUGCUGUUGUGAAUGCAACCAAUCUUGAGCCACUUCUGAGCAAAGCUGAUGUUAAACACACAAUACGGGAGACUGAAGUGGUUUAUGGUCCUGCAAAAGAGAAGAUAAAGACUGAGGUUGUUGUUCCGGUCGUAGAGGUUCCAACGACGGAGCCUCUCAAACAAAUGAUUGGUGGUAGUUUGAUUGCAAGUAGUGUUGUUGAUGGUGUCCAUGUUCACAAUGGCUUAACACAGAUUCAGAUGCAUCAUAAGGCAGCAACGGGUGAAGAGGUGCCACAGUCUCUUCUGCUGACUAGUCGUCAACAAUAUAACUUGCCUGAAGAUGCUGUUGUUUUCUGCAAUUUCAAUCAACUGUACAAAAUCGAUCCACCUACACUGGACAUGUGGAUUAAAAUACUAAAGCGGGUGCCACGCAGUGUUUUGUGGUUGCUUCGAUUCCCAUUCCACGGGGAAGCUCACAUUCACAAGUACUGUGCUGAACGAGAUAUCGACACAAAACGAAUAGUGUUCAGUCACGUCGCAGCUAAGGAGGAGCAUGUUAGGCGAGGUCAGUUGGCAGAUGUUUGCCUGGACACUCCACUUUGUAAUGGUCAUACUACUGGUAUGGAUAUACUAUGGACAGGAACGCCCAUGGUCACUAUGCCAUUGGAAACGCUCGCGUCUCGUGUGGCUUCCUCUCAAUUGUACGCUCUCGGUGUACCAGAACUUGUGGCAUCAAGUAAGGAAGACUACGUUAACAUCGCUGUCAAACUUGGCACGGAUAAGAACUAUUUGUCGGCGAUUCGCGCAAAAGUAUGGAAGGCUCGGACGACUUCUACAUUGUUUAAUGUGAAGCAGUACUGCACAGAUAUGGAAACCCUUCUUCAUAUUAUGUGGCGGCGAUAUGAAGAGGGUCGGCCUGUGGACCACAUCACACAAGGCGCAAUUCAAGUGGACUUUUGA